UCUAGAUAACCAUUCUUGCUGGGAAGGAAUUAUGGCAUUUUGUUAAAUGAAGUGUUACUGAAAUAAUUUCCAUCAAGCAAUAUGCACAGUGUGAACUACCUGACAAGUAAAAUGGCCACGAACGUCUGUAAUCUCUCAGUGAAUUCAAUUUUGGCAUGUGCUGUCUGCACUGAGCUGUAUAAUGAGAAAGAGCUGAGACCCAAGCUGCUGCAGUGUGGACACACUUUCUGCUUAAGAUGCCUCACAGAAAUUCUAAAAGGAGCUAGCGAGCAGAGUUCUGAUAACAGGGACUCAAAACUCUCAUGCCCAAGCUGCAGACAAGAGACAUCGCUUUCAAGUCUCAGUGCCAUGGACCUCGCUGAUAAUUUUGCAAUCAUCGAGUGCUUAAGUAGUGCCAAAGGAGCUAAUGAAGCAUGUUGUUACUGUGAAAAGCAUCCAGAUGAAAGAAUCAAAUUCUUCUGCAUGCCGUGUCACAGGUUAUUAUGCCCUUGUUGUGCACUUAAACACAUGUCGCAAAAUAUUCAUAAUGUCGUAAAAGUGGAAGCAGCAGCAUUGAAAUACAAACAAAAGAUCCAGGAGGCUUUAGAUUAUUGCAAGGAAAAGCGACAUCUUCUAGAGAAGAUUGUACAAGAAUCACUUAAUGAGAAGAAACAACUUUCAGUGUUUACACUGUCUCUGGAGCAUCUAAGAAAAAAUAUAUCAGACACGGAGUUGUUGACUCAGAAAGAAACAUUGAUUCAGCUAGACAAAUGCAUCUCCCGAAAACAAAUUCCAGACCAGACACAAUCAAGCAAACUAGAACAUAUUGCACAGAAAAUGGAAAGAAGAAAUGAUCCAACCCCUCCUGGAUUCUGGGAUGCUUCAAGUUCAGAAGACAAUGACAGCAGCACUAGAAAUUACCAUCAAGAAAAUACUAAUUUUUCAUGCAGAAAUGUAAGUGAAAUGCUUAGUAAUAGAAGAACACAAGGAUGUUUACUGAAUCCUAUUGGAGUGGCAGUUACUGAUGAUGGAUUUGUGUUUGUUACAGACAAAAGUGAUGAAAGAGUAAAAGUCUUUGAUUAUUCCAUGGAACUCUUAUGGCAUUUUUCAAAGCCAGAACAGCCAAAGUAUAAUAAACCAUGUUUCCCAGCUGGUAUUGCUAUUUCUAGCCUUGGAUAUUUAGUGGCAAUAGCAGAACCCAUAAAACAGCAAGUUUCUGUGCAUGCAAGGGAUGGGCGAAAAAUCUUCUCUUUAAAGCAGGACUGGCAAUGCCCUUUUGGAGUUGCUGUAAACACAAAAGGUCAGAUAGUUGUGACUGACAAAUGUGAAUGUGGCAGCUUUUAUAUAUUAACUGUGGAUUGGACCUGUGGGAACAUUUUUCAGAUUAAAGUCAUUGAUGGUUUAUACCAGCCAUCUUUUGUGGCUUGCAGUAAAACGGAUGACAUUGUGAUUACUACAAGUAACUCAGUCAAGGUGUUUGAUGUUACAGGAUCCCUCCGUUUAACUAUAAACCAUGAACUUGGAAGUAAUCAAUUCUUACAUAGUCCCAAAGGGGUGGCAUUUGAUAACAAAAACAAUAUUAUUGUUUCUGAUUACUAUUCAGGAAAGGUGGUUCUACUAAACAGUGAAGGGAAGUGGUUAAUGGAUAUAAUAUCAGGUCUUCAAGGACCACAAGGAAUCACAGUAACGCCCAACAGUUUGCUUGUUAUCACAGAAUCUCUGAGUCACAAUAUCAGCUUGCAUCACUUCCAAUAUACCAACAACCAUAAUGUGUUGUGACUUAGUGCACCAAAAUAAUGAGAAAUCACUACUCUCUUUCAACGUCAAAAAGAGCAUUUAAGGCCAAACACAUUUUCAUAGUAUCUUAGUAACCCUUAAAUACCACUGAAGUGGAAAUGGAAAAGAUGAGCAGUUUCAUAAGACAUAAUACUGUACAUGUCAUCAGUAUUACCAAAAAGACAGCAUUGCACAUUUUGGUAAAUUCCAUUUAAUGGAACUGUUAAACCCACCAGAAAUGAAAUAUCAAAUCCACAAACUUCAUAUCAAAAAAACUCAAUUAAAAAAGUGCACUCUAAUCAGUCCAUUCCAAAUGUAUCAAGUAAAAACUGAUAUGUGACAGCAGAAACAACACAAUUAUUAACAUUAAUAGCAAAAAGCUAAAGAAAGGCAGUCUUAAUCCCAAGACAUUUUUGUCAUUUUUUUUUGUGCUGUCCCCAGGUAUUUUAUAAAGCUCAGCAAAUCUGAAAGUUGUAUACAAUAGGAGUGUCAUAUAGAAAAUAAGCCUGACACGUAUGAGGAAAUACUGAUGUCUGUUCUUCUUAUAUAUUUAUUAACAGGAUUACACUAUGGUAAAUAAAAAAAAAAAAUUAAAGUGAAUUCUGUGCCAGUUCAAAUUCAAUCACUGGGUCUGACACCGCUGCCGUUUGCCUAAGCCUGUCCUGAGAGAGCAAAUUGCAUUGUUAAUGGGAUAUGACCCCUCUAAAAUAACAUUUUCAUAAAUUAUACAAGAUAUAGAGACCUAAUCAUUAAAACUAUACUUCAUUGAGGUAGCUACUACAAUGAAUAGAUUAUUAAACAAUUUUCAAUAUUUUUUAUUUUUUUGUAUUAAUUUUGAAAUAGUGUAUGCAUUUAACCAUUUAUCCAAUGUACAAUUUCCAAGAAAGUAGUUUUAAAAAUAUUUCCAGGAAAAUUUUAAUCAAUACAUUUUUUUUUAACUGAGCAAAAAAGUUGCUUUAUAUAUACAUGUUUCCUCCCAAACUGAAAUUGUAAAAACCUCUUAUGAUAAAGUAUAUUAGAUUAUCUUAAUGCUGUCCACUCCAAAAAAAUUCCUCACACUGAAAAUGAAAAAAAUGCCGCUAAAAUGUCCCUAAUGGAUCACUGUUGACUCCAGCAACAACAAUCCAUUAAUAUAAAAAAAGCAAAAAAAAAAGUCUAGCAUCAAAUUGUGGCAUACUUAUAAUUGAAAGCUUUGCACAUCGUUUUUUUUAAUGUGACUGAAAAUUACAGUUGAUUAACAACAUUUUGAAAAGCCUUUUCAUGCAGCUUACCUGUAUUCCUGUCAGGUAAAAUACAGCAAUGCUUCUGCAGAAUGCUUGGCAAAACCUGUCAAAGCAAAAAAAGAAAAUUAGUAAUAUUAGGAUGGGAACUUAACACGGAGGUAUCUGUCACUUCCCUCAAUGUGAAAGAGUCCCUAGUUUUUCAUAAACUGAAUCCACUUAUCCUUGUCAGGACUGUGCAGAAUAGAAGCCUAAUCCAAUAGCAAAGACUACAAGGCUAAACCAAUUUUUAGAUGAGGUGCUUUUCCAUCCCACGGUACACACAACACAUCAGAGCAAACUGGUUGUCACUUACCAGCCAUGCCUUGUGUUUAUUGAUCAUGGGAGAAAACAGAAAAGUAAACUACAAGUAUGAGGAAUUGUGCAAAACUCUUAAUCCCUGUCCAGAAUUAAAGCUGGGGCUCAAAACUGUGCAACAUCAACAUUUAUGACAUUAUAAAACAAAUGAAAACCUGGAUGUGUUUUGAUUAAUAACUUUAAUUAACAUUAAUCAAAACACACUGUUACUCUGGACAUUAGCACUGUUAACCAGAAGAAAAAAAUACAUUGAGAGAAAAAAAAAGAUGUGACUGCAAACUGUACUGUAUAUAAACCCAGCUAAUGAAGCAUCUAUACACUGUAACUAUAAAUCCACUAAGCAGUAUUCAUACAGAUGAUAAAAAGUA